UCCCUGCAGUGAGGGCCAGGCAAGAUGGCGGCCUCCUGGUGGCGGAGCGGAGGAGCCGGGGUGAUGAGGUUGUUGCGAGGCGGGCGGCCGGUGUUGGGUGCUGGGCUGGCCCUGCCCGCACGGGGAGGAUGGAGGCUCCUGCAUGGCACCCAGGAGCUGCUGGCUACACCUCCAAUUAAAGUUUGCAUGCCUGCGCUUUCUCCUACAAUGGAAGAAGGAAACAUUGUGAAAUGGUUAAAGAAGGAAGGUGAAAUGGUGAAUGCUGGAGAUGCACUGUGUGAAAUUGAAACAGACAAAGCGGUGGUUACCAUGGAAUCAAGCGAUGAUGGCAUAUUGGCAAAAAUACUGGUAGAAGAAGGAAGCAAAAAUGUACGCUUGGGCUCCAUAAUUGGUCUGCUCGUAGAAGAAGGACAGGACUGGAAACAGGUUGAAAUACCAGCUGAUGUUAAUGAUCAAACUUCUCAGGCACCACCUGCAGCUGCUGUUACCUCAACUCCUGCAGGUCCUUCAGUUUCUGCCCCUCCUAAAGUGGAACAUCAACCUGUAAAACUGCCGUUGCGCUUAAGUCCUGCAGCUCGCAACAUUGUGGAGACACAUGGGCUAGAUCCAAGCAGUGUUACACCUUCUGGGCCUCGAGGAAUCUUCACUAAAGAGGAUGCUCUUAAACUUCUGCAAGGGAAGCAGAAGGGUAAGCCCAGUGAAAUGAAACCUGUGGUUUCUCCAGCUACUCCUCAGCCUACUGCGGUGCCUUCUGUUCUGCCAGCAGCAGCUGUGACUUCUUAUCCAAGGCCAGCAGUUCCACCAGUUUCCACGCCAGGACAACCUGCUGCACCGGGCACAUUCACAGAAAUACCAGCUAGCAACGUCCGAAGAGUUAUUGCGAAGAGAUUAACAGAGUCUAAAACUACCAUACCUCAUGCAUAUGCUGCUGCUGACUGUGACAUUGAUGCUAUUUUGAAAUUAAGAAGUGAAUUGGCCAAAGAUGACAUUAAAGUAUCUGUAAAUGAUUUUAUUAUCAAGGCAGCAGCAGUCACUCUGAAGCAAAUGCCAGAUGUGAAUGCAGCAUGGGAUGGAGAAGGCUGCAGGCAGCUGCAGUCCAUUGACAUUUCUAUUGCUGUGGCAACAGACCGAGGUCUCAUUACACCGAUCAUAAAAGAUGUUUCUGCCAAAGGAAUACAGGAAAUUGCUGCCUCUGCAAAGGCUCUAGCAAAGAAAGCAAGAGAUGGAAAGCUGCUACCUGAAGAGUACCAGGGAGGAACUUUCAGUAUCUCCAACCUAGGUAUGUUUGGCAUCAACGGUUUCAGUGCAGUCAUAAACCCUCCACAGUCCUGCAUCCUAGCUGUGGGUCGAGGAAGAUCAGAGCUCAAGAUUGUGGUAGAUGAAGAAGGGAAUGAGAAACUUCAGCAGCAUCAGCUCAUGACCGUGACUCUCUCAAGUGAUGGUCGUGUAGUAGAUAAUGAUCUGGCCUCAAAGUUUCUGGAAACCUUCAAAGCCAACAUUGAGAAUCCAAUACGUCUCGCCUUGUGUUGAACUCAGUGAAGGCUGCUUCCUGAUUUGACAGCACAGAAUUCUGUUACAGAAAAACAACCCCAAGUAAUAAUAGAGAGAGUAAAUAGUGUGAGGUAGACAGUUAAAUAAUUUAACUUAUUGAAUUAACAUGGAAAAUAUAAAUUUUCAUGCUUUUAGUCAUUUCCAAUGACCAGUUUUUAUACUGUAAAGCUGGAGACCUUGAGGUUAGCAUGUAAUAUUUCUUUAAACAUUUAGUACUAAUAGCACAUGAUGUGUGCUUAGAAAUUAAAUUUCCUCUGGAAAAAAAAAAAAAAGCUUUAAAAAAAACACAACUGUAUAAAAUUUAAAAGGGAAUUUGAGAUACUUUAAGGGCUAAAUAUCUAGCUUUUACAGUGAGGUAAGCAAGAACUGUCAUUAAACAAUAUGCUGCUAUGAGUCGUGAUCAAUACUGAGGUUGUGGAGUAGCGAACUUUACAUUGCUGCAGUGUUUUUUUCAGUUUGCAAAAGACUUUUAGCACAUUUUGCUGUACAGAUUAGAUUGAAGUAAGGUUUGUGAACUUUAAACAAAGAUUUCAUUGAAUUCUGACAUAAAAGCAGAGAAGUUACAAACAAAUUAAAGGUUUUGCUUAGUUACAUUUGCAUCACAGGUUUAACUGUUCUUUAUCUUCUUUACUCUAAGCUACACUGGGCAAAGCGAGAUGAGUGUAAAGAUGAGUAGGGAAGAGAAAUGACAGGAAGUUCUGAGAAAGACUAAAUUAGAUCUUAGAUAGAAAUGUAAUUUCACAGAAUAUGAAGUAACUUGAUAGAAUCUGCAGCUGAAUUCAUAUAAUUAGAUUUCAUUAAUACACAUUUAAACAGUAACUGAAUCUGUCUUUAUUCAGUAUUUUAUGAUUGCUGCUUUAUUUCAUACCAUGCAGAGGGAGGAGACGGGACUGAACUUGUCUGUAAGGGGUGAUAUCUCACUGGUUAUAGAUUUCAUUGCCUUUAGUUUGAUGUCACCAACAUCUGAGGAAAACAGAAUUUUGUGCAGCAUUUAAUUGUUAAUAGGUUUUCUUAGGCUUAAUUAUAAAAAAAAAAAAAGGAAUCUUCAGUACCACAAAAUAUGAAAAAUACUGUUUUCAGGUGUUCAGUGAUAUACUGUUGUAAACUUGAAACCCAAGGCAAUUGUGUCAGCACUACUGUGAUGGAAUAAAUGGCUUUAAUCAGAGACUGCAGUAUAAAAGGUCAAUUUUUGCACACUGAAAAUUUGCUGAUUAAUUCUGUUUUUCCAGUGCAUUAAUGAUGUAGGUAUGAAAUAUGCCAUUGUUAGUCAUAUAUUGAAUGGAAACUCAGCUGGAGGAGUAUUUUUCAGCAGGAUGAACCUUAAGUGGGCAGAGACAGUUUUCUUCCUAUAAAUAAAUAUGGAACCACUUGUUGUGUGUGUUUGUAAUGAAGUAACUGCAUUUACAGAACCUGAUGAUAUAAA